AUGCCAUUAAUCAUAAUUUCUGGCUAUCCCAGUUCUGGUAAAACUAAAUGGGCUAAACUCCUAGCUAAUGAACUUGAGAAAAAGAUAACGAAAGCCGGGGAAAGUUCAGACUCACAAUUAGGGCAUAAUUAUAAAGUCAUAUAUCAUUCAGAUGAUUUAUUUGGUAUAAAACAUGAUACAUAUGAAGAUUCAAAUAAGGAAAAAUUAGCCAGAGGUUCACAAAUAUCAGCAGUCAAAAGAGACAUUUCAAAAACAAAUAUAGUAAUACUAGAUUCAAUGGCAUAUAUAAAGGGAUUUCGUUAUCAAUUAUAUUGUGAAUCAAAAGGUACUGCAACACCUCAUUGCAUAGUUCACGUUAUCGCUCCAAUAAAUCAAUGUCUUGAAUGGAAUGAUCAAAAAAGCGAAGGUGAAAAAUGGAAGCCUGAAUUGAUUAAACAAUUGGAAAUGAGAUAUGAAGAACCAAACAGUGAUACAAGAUGGGAUUCACCUUUAUUUCAAAUAAUAUCAAACGAUCCAAAUGAAAAAAUACCAAUUGAUGAAAUAUGGAAUGCCUUGGUAUUGAAAAAAGCACCUACUCCAAAUGCUGCAACUACGUUACAAUCAACUUCAGAUAAUUCAUUUUUACAGGAACUAGAUAGGAAAACUCAUGAAAUCAUCUCCGCCAUAUUACAACAACAACAAAUAACUUCAGGAAAUGUUCAGAUUGGGGAUUAUAUAAUAAAUAUACCGAUGGGCGUCGUAAGUACUGCACAACUACAAAGAAUAAGACGAUCAUUUAUAAGUUUGAAUAGGAUGAGAACUAUAGAUAAAGAUAGAAUAACUCCUUUAUUUAUUGACUACCUCAAUGGAAGUUUAAAUAAUGAAGACUAA